AGAAAACGCAUGGCGUCUUCAACCAGAGGAAGCCUUCGGCUUUAAGACCCUGUAGACUCACAAUCAUAUGAGCGAAUGGCACCUGUUGCGUUCAAAGGGAAGCCGGUAGGCCAGUGAGACUGGACGCGCGAAACCUGUCGCGCGCUUGGUUAACGCAAUACCUCAAGAAACUCGAAGUUACAGUGAAGACACCUGUCCAUCGACUCAGCACAGCUCAAACAAACAGCGCCGUGAUAAAACGCGUAACUGUUUCUAGUAUCUACCUUCUGGAAGCAGUACCUGAUUGACUGAUCUAAUCACAGGUGUUGAAGUUCAACGAAAAGAAUGCGUCUAAUGAGGCGACGAAUGUCCCCCCUGAAGCUGGCUGUUCUAGGGGGAACGCUUUUCAUGGUGGUUCUGGUGGUGCUCCAGAGGGACGUUGGCAGCGCUUCUCUUCAGGACCCCUGGCUGCGUGAUCUCUCAGACAAAAAGGAGAGAGUAUUUGAGAUGGUUCGGGGGGCAGUCAACAAUUUUGCUUUCCAAAUUGGAGCCCCUCAGCCCCCACCAGUGGAGCUACUGCCCACCCUUAACCGAAACUGCCCCUCGGGCUUCUAUAUGCAAGCAGAACUCAAACCAUGGAUAGAGAGACCUCCACAGGAUCCUGAGAGCCUCGGAGCUGAUGGUAAAGCUUUCCAGAAAGCCAGCAUGUCUCCAGAGGAGGAGAAGGAAAAACAAGAGGGCAUGACCAGGCACUGCUUUAACCAGUUUGCCAGCGACCGGAUCUCCCUGCACCGCAGUCUCGGAGAUGACACCCGCCCGCCUGAGUGUGUCGAGCGAAAGUUUCGCCGCUGUCCUCCUCUUCCCACCACCAGUGUGAUCAUUGUUUUCCACAAUGAGGCAUGGUCAACACUUCUGCGUACUGUGUACAGUGUGCUGCACACCUCCCCGGCAGUCUUCCUCAAGGAAAUCAUAAUGGUGGAUGACGCCAGCACAGCAGACCACCUACAUGGUAAGCUGGAUGAGUAUGUGAAGUCACUGAAGAUCGUGAAAGUUGUACGUCAGCCGGAGAGGAAGGGCCUCAUAACGGCGAGGCUUCUUGGGGCCAGCAAAGCCCAGGGGGAAAUCCUCACCUUCCUGGAUGCCCACUGUGAGUGCUUCCAUGGCUGGCUUGAGCCGCUCCUUGCUCGAAUUGUUGAGGAACCUACUGCUGUGGUGAGCCCCGAAAUCACAACCAUUGACUUAAACACCUUCCAGUUCCACAAGCCCGUGUCAACUGCCCGUGCCCACAACAGAGGCAACUUCGACUGGAGUCUCACAUUUGGCUGGGAGGGAAUUCCUGACUAUGAGAAUGCGAAACGCAAGGAUGAGACCUACCCAGUAAAAACUCCCACAUUUGCUGGUGGCUUAUUCUCCAUAUCCAAGGCGUACUUUGAGAAAAUUGGAACCUAUGAUGACAAGAUGGAGAUAUGGGGUGGUGAAAAUGUGGAGAUGUCCUUUAGGGUGUGGCAGUGUGGUGGACAAUUAGAGAUAAUCCCCUGCUCAGUUGUGGGUCAUGUCUUCCGCACCAAGAGUCCUCACACCUUCCCCAAAGGUACAGAGGUCAUUACACGUAAUCAGGUGCGCCUGGCUGAGGUGUGGAUGGAUGACUACAAACUGAUUUACUACCGACGCAACCAAAAUGCAGCUAAAAUGGCCAAAGAUAACAAAUAUGGUGAUAUAUCUGACCGUCUGAAACUCAGAGAAAGCCUGCAGUGCAAGAACUUUUCUUGGUACCUCACCAAUGUCUACCCAGAGGCAUUUAUACCUGAUCUGACCCCUGUCAAGUUUGGAGCACUCAAAAACCUUGGGGCACAGCGUUGUCUGGAUGUUGGAGAGAGUAACAAUGGAGGAAAGCCUGUGAUUAUGUAUAUAUGUCACAACAUGGGUGGCAAUCAGUAUUUUGAAUAUACAUCACACAAUGAGCUGAGGCAUAACAUUGGAAAGCAGCUUUGCCUGCAUGCAACUCCUUUUCCAGCGCAAGUGAAGAUUGAGCUCUGUACUUUGAAGGGUAGAGGCAGUAGUUUGACUCCUGAACAAGAGUGGUUGUUUACAGAAGACCAACUGUUGAAGAAUCCCUCCUCUGGAAAGUGUCUACAUCUCAAAGGUGACCAAGUUGUAAUGAGCCCUUGCAAUCCAGUAGACCUUCACCAGCACUGGGCUUUCAGUUGAUCUCUCCCUUCUUCCAAGGAUCAAGGACGUUCACUCCCAAGAUGGAGCACAGCAGCCACAGCUUAGGCUGAUCAAACUCAAAGUUGUCAAACUCACUGUAAGCCUGAUCAGAUGCUCUGGGAGUGGAUUGCUCAUUAAUUGCCUUCCAAAGACAUUGUGAUCGGACUGUGGUGCUCAAGAUGCUCAGGGAAAUCAUGCACAUCCACUGAAGCUUUGGAGAGUGAACAAUCUGGCAGCAAGAUUGUUUACUGAAAGCUAUAUAUUUUCUUAUUUGAUGAUGUUUACUUCUGCUUUUUAAAAUGGUGUAGGUUUACUUCUUUAAGAACUAUUUUUGGAACAUUGUUAGUGUUAACACCAAUGAGUGGCUAUUCUUGCCAACAACUCUUUUGUUAUUUGUAGGAAGUAAAUCAUUUGCACUUGCUGCAGAGGAAUGAGGGCUGUAUUUCAGAGGUAGUAAAUUGCCAUAAGGCUGGACUAGUUUUCAGGUCCUCAAAGCCAUCAUUUUGUAUGAGGUAGCAUUGUGUGACUCCCAUCACUUGAUUCUUUCAGUGUGCUAAGCUCUUUUGAGGAAAAUCAUACUCUAAAAAUAUAAGUUGAACUUAAAUGGUUUACCUUUUUAAUGACCCUUUAGAUUAUUAUUCAUUAUAAAUCUUGAGUACACAGAUUUCUGGGAGGAAAAUAUUUAUUUGAAAAGGUAGAUCAGUAAUCUUAAAUUCAUAUUCACAAAUGAUUUGAUUUUCAAAAAUGUAAAACCUUACAGAAAUACCAUGGUGAUCAUAUUUUCUGCAAAAUACCAUAGUUACUACAGCUGGAAUUAACCACCACUGUCAUCAAGAAACAAAAUUAAAACACUUGCGCUUGCACUUUAAAUUAUACACUGUUUGAAGUAUAUCACGUAUAUUUCUACACUAUUAAAAAUCACCGUAUAGUAACUAUGGUAUUUUAACCAUAAACUAUGAAUGCCAUGGAAUUUAUUUAUUUAUUUGUAUUUUUAUUUUAUUUUUUGUGUAAGACAUACAAGUUAGAGGGGCCUGUCUCUUUAAAUACAAUUACAUUUGUAAGUGAUUAUCACUUUAGCUUUGUGGCAGGAAGGCAAAAGGGUUGCAGCAUGGCAUGUUCACAUUCACCAGUAGGUGGCAGGCAAUAUUUAUAAAUAGGCUUGGCAGGGUUGUAAAAAUAAACUUCAAGUUUGUGGUUCUUGGAAAUUUUAUACUGGUAAUAUCCUUUCUUUCACUGAUAACCCAAUCCUUCUAUGUGGCGUGAGAGUUGGUACUGUUUAUCCAGCAUAUAGGCUACAGUAUAAUCCAAUCUUUUUAACUAGCUGGGUUUCUUAUCAAAUUUCAAACUAAAGUGCUGUUGUUUGUACAGUCUAGUGCUUAAGGCUCUAUUCAACCAAUAUCCAAUUUCAAACAACCAAAAAUAACUGCCAAAAUGCCAAAGCUACUACAGUAAGAUGCUUGUAAAUGUCAUUUUAUUUUAUUUCUCACGCGAGUUAACACCGUUGUAUUACCAUAUAUUACACGUUAUUGUAAACUGUUUUGGCUCGUGGUGGCCUUGGUAAAUUUUUAAGGGUCAAUAGUCUGUAGCUCAAGUAGGCCUACUCUUUAUAUCUCCUUUGUAAGGUGGAACCAAUGUGGAAAAAAGAUAAUACAAGCUGAAUAUAUAAGUACCACGUUGCACGUACAACUUCUGUUGUUGGGCACCACGUGUGUCGUAAACCUGCGUGUAACGCCUUUCCCGCCACAUUUAAUUUUAAGUCCUGCCUCAGAAUACACUGCAGUGCACCAGUUAACAUACAAGUGCUUUUUAUAUACAGGUGCAUCUCAAUAAAUUAGAAUGUCGUGGAAAAGUUCAUUUAUUUCAGUAAUUCAACUCAAAUUGUGAAACUUGUGUAUUAAAUAAAUUCAGUGCACACAGA